CAAGGUGAUCAAGGAGUAUAUAUAGAUGCCCACGACAAUCGUCCGGCAGUCGCUUCUCAUCAAAAACCAACAAAAUGAAGGCUGUCCUGGCACUGUGCUUCUUGGGAGUAGCUAGCGCUGCUGUCAUUCCUCUGACCUACAACGCUGGUGUCAUCCCCUACACCGGUGUUGUUCCUCAGGCAACAGGAAUCCUUCCCUUCAACACCGGAAUCAUCCCUCGAGCUGGAAUCAUCCCUCAGACCUACUCCGUUGGUGCUCCCGCCAUCACCACCUACCAGGUCAGCGCAGUGGCUCCCGCACCUGGAUACAUUGCAAAGACUUUGGGAUCUGAACACAUUGCCCCUCUCCCAGCUGGAAGUGCCAGCUUCGCCUCCCACCACAUCAACGUGGCAAAGGCCCCAGGUACUGAAUAAAUUCAAGGAACCAGAACUAAGACCAGAUGUCAAGCAGAACGACCUCCGCUCUUCUCAUUCGGUGACAGUGACUCUAGGCCUAGAAUCCUACUCCAAUUGUCCGAAAAUGUGGAUUCAUUCCUUGGCUUAGAAUUUUUCUCACUGACACGACCACGGCUUUGGACCCCAUUACCAGUGCCUGAAAAUCAUCACCUAAGCAGGCUUAACACACUUCACAAUCACAUCCAAAAUCAUGGUAGUUUUAUUCAUUCUGAAUAAAACAAGCCGAUCUGAAUCAAAUAAAUAAUGCGGGAGAUUAGAUGAGAAUGAUUCUUCUAUUAUUGUUACAAAAAUAAAAAUAUGCCAGUUA